AUGGCCCUACACUUCCUCAUCACAGCUUUCAUUGAAUACAUACUAAGAAAAGUGCACGGCAAUUGGCACGAUAAUCACAAUCAACACGAUAAUGAUGCCCAAGAUGAUGCACAAACGCAUCUUCAUGUCUUUCCACCACAUGUCCUUGCGCACUCUGUUGGCACCACGGCGGAAGCCCUGGGCGCUGAUGGCAAGAUUAUCUGUUUUGUUCUCGAUCGAGUCCAAGCGCUCGCCUCUUUCGGCAACCUUGUUGAUGUUGUCUCUCAUGAUGCCGACGGUGUCGUCGAUUUGCUGCACAUGUUAGUAAGGGUCCGGGGAAACAGGGUUGGGAAAAAACAUACCGCCUGGAUGGCCGCCGUUCUCGAGUUCGACUGGUCGCCAGUCGUCUGGUUAGGAAUGUAUGGGUCGUAUGGGACACUAGAAGACAUUGUGGAUAUUGAGCCGAAGAGAUGGGAGUCGGUAAUCGAUUUGUAUUUCAAUGUCGCAGUGGGCAGUGCCUGCGCGCGUGACAAGGGAGUGCGCAUUUGGAGCGGCACACAAAACGCCAUGAGUGUGAGGCAUUACCCAGCCCGUUUUGCAGCCGCAGCCAAAAGUUCAAAAAUUCCCAAUCUCGAGCGUUCCAAAGGGGUCUAUUUAUAUUGA